AUGCCUCAGGACCCAGUGACGUUCCAGGAUGUGGCAGUGGAGUUUACCCAGGAGGAGUGGGAGCACCUGGGCACCGCUCAGAGGGCACUGUACUGGGAGGUGAUGCUGGAGAACUACAGGAGCCUGGCCUCCCUGGGAGUUAAUCCGUACAUUAUUAGAAGUCAGAAGGUGGGCGCUAAGGAAAAGCCCUUCAAAUGCAAAAAUUGUGGGAAAUCUUUCAGUGGGGGAACACACCUUAUACAACAUGAAAGAUGCCACACAGGAGAGCAACCAUAUGAGUGUAAUUGUAGUGAAUGUGGGAAAGCCUUCAGCCAAACUACAUGCCUCACACAGCAUCAGAGGGUUCACACAGGAGAAAAACCUUAUGAAUGUAAUCAGUGUGGGAAGGCCUUUAGCCAAAGCUCACAUGUAACUCUGCAUCAGCAAACUCAUACUGGGGAGAAACCCUAUCAGUGUAAUCAAUGUGAAGCCUUCAUUCAGAGCAUUCAACUUACCCUGCAUCUAAGAACUCAUUCUGGAGAGAAACCUUAUGAAUGUACCGAAUGUCGUAAAACCUAUAGUCAUAGCUCAUCGCUGGUCCAACAUAAGAGGAUUCAUACUGGGGAGAAACCCUUUGAAUGUAAAAACUGUGGGAAAGCCUUUCCCCAAGGCAUCCAGCUUACUUUACAUCUGAGAAUGCAUACUGGGGAGAAACCAUAUGAAUGUACUGAAUGUGGCAAAGCCUAUAGUCAUAGGUCAUCCCUUAUUCAACAUAAGACAAUCCAUACUGGGAAGAAACACUUUGAAUCUGUCCUUUUGUGGGAGUUCGGUCGGCUAGCUAGCGUAUCUAUCGGUCGGUUGGUCUAUCAGUCCGCCCCGGGGGCCUGUUUGUCGGCCGCGCUCCGCGUCCGCUGGCUUUGGGUGGCUGAGCCCCAGGCCUGCCUGGCCCUGCGCGUGGUGUCGGGGAGGAGUGUGACGGGCUGCGUGGGGAACAGUGAUGAUGGGGCGUGA